AUAUAAAAUUAAACGUAAAUGGUAAAUCGACCCGUGGAAUUUGUGUAUAAAUAUUAAUAGUGACUCGAAGAUAACGAUUAUUAUUUUAUGUUAGGUCUUAUUAUUCAAGCUAGAAGAAAGAAAGAUGAUUUUUUAAAAGGAAUACCAGAAGAAGAUUGGGAAAUAUGCUUUAAACAUGUAUUAGAUGGACCCAUAACCAAGUUCUCAAAGAGCGCAGAAGAUGAUGGACCGGUUCAAUUUGGUGUACUUUAUCAUAAACUUGAAGAAGAUCAUAUUCGACAUUAUGUCCGCGUUUAUUAUAUAUCAAAUAUGAAAUAUGAAUAUAAAAAUGCUAUAUUACCCGGUACAACAAAGAUCAAUGCAAUUUCUAUUGAGCAAGACUCUAUAUUAUAUUCUCGUGAUCCUGAUUCAUAUAGAUUUCGAGUAGCUAUUUUCCCUUCUAACUUACUUUUACCACCUCACUCUGAAAAUUCGAACAUGAUUUCAUUAAUAGAAUCAAGUCAAACAGGUGAUCCAGUACAAGUCUUUCAUCAGCCUAGUCAAACUGAGUCACAUGCAAAUUUAGUAUGCAAACUAUAUUCUCCAAAUAUCAACACAUAUCGUGUAUUCACAUUAGAUAUACACAAAACUAAACAUUUAUUCCAUACAAAUGUUUCUAUUGUCGAUGGUCGAAUUUCACAAAAAGAGAAGAAUCAAAUAAAGAGUAUAGAAAAGUGGAUUCCAAGAGAUCAUUUAAAUUCAGAUGAUAGUACAAUGAUGGAUGAAAACUUAGAAUAUAUGGCCUUUGUAGAUGGAGCUCAUUUCCAUCAGGAACGUAUUACUAUUCAUAUGCCAACACCUGCUAUUUCUCGGUCAAGAGAAUCAAAAACGAUUGUUGUAUCACUCUUAAGAAAUGAUUUUCAAACAUUAGAUUAUACGGACAAAUUAAAUGCUUUAUUAAAGGAUCCUUAUGAAAGACGUUAUUUAUAUAGAAAUGAAGACAAGAGUCUAUUAAAUGAAUUUUAUCAUACUAUGCAAGUACCUGAUUCAGUGGUAGGAUAUAGUAACGACUAUGAUACCACAAUGAGUGAUAUUCGAGGUGUCCAACUGAAUAAUGAAGGAACAUUAUUAGCUAUUUGGACAGAUUCAAAUUCAAUAUAUAUCUAUAAGCGUGGAUUGAGUGAUAGAGCAAAGAUAGCAAGUCCACAUUACUUGGAGAGACCAUUAAGAUGGAAUUUAAGGAUGAUGAUGAUGCCUAAAGAAAGUUAUAUAGGGUCAAUUACACCUAUAGGUGCUGUUUUAUUUUGGAAUAAAAAUGGAUCAAAUUAUAUAUCUGUAGGCAUGAAGAAUCAAAUUGUGAAUACAUAUCUAAUUGAUGAAAUAAAGGAUCAACACUAUUCUUCAACUAAUUUUAAAGCCUUUUUAAAAGAGAAAUGGGAUUUAUGGAUAAUCAUGUCUAUGAUUGUCAUGAUUUUUGUUCUAAAUGAAUACAAGACAUACCCUGCUGUUUAAAUCUAUAUUUGCUAUACAAACACAAUAGUGACGAUAUAUUUUAUAAUUUUAGCCAAGAAGAUAUUUCGGUAAAAUCAAAUCAUAUUUUUAGUAUACUUCAUUCUCUCAACUAUAAUAAAUCAAAGUUAGUAAAUCUUAUUUUAAUUACUAAAACCUGUAAUAAAGAACUUGGU